AUGAUCCAACUUUCGAAUGACCGAUGGAACAUACAGGUUGCUGUUGUUGAGAUGCUCCAUUCAGCAAAUAGCUUCCACGACAUCAAACCGUAUCCUUCACUUACCGCAAGGAAUACAUCCCCCGAAGUUCAUGAUAUUCUGUACUCGAGACAAGACACACAGAGAAUGACUGAGUACCUCCACAGUCAGCUGCAACCAGAACUCCAACAUAAAAUCGUUUGGUUUCACUCCGGAAUGAUGCAGGAAUUCAGAACUGACAUGAUGGCGAAAGUUUGCGCAGCAGUGAAUUAUGGGUAUGUGUUGUACAGAUGCUGCAGGAAUGGUCAGUUUGUUCUGUCUCACUGGUCUUAG